GUUCCAACAUAGUAAGAAAUUCCCGCAACAGGCUACACGCCUACACCAUAAACAAAGGCAAAAAGCUUCAUAAUUAUAGCAAAGAGUCGGAAGAGGUGGGCCCUUCCCUCCGGCGUCCGCCGCCGUCACCACUCGUCGUUUUCCUAGUUCGCACACCCAUCCGCCGGCGGCCUCCCCCCGUCUCGAUAGUCGAUACCAGGUUCUAAAUGGCGAUGGCGAUGAUGGCUAUGCGACGCGCGGUGGCGCUCGGCGCUCGCCACAUCCCCGCCGCCGCAGCCUCUUCGUUCCGAGUCGUCUCCCUCCGCCACAUGAGCGCGGACGCGGGCGCCGCGAUGGAGAAGAUCCGCGCCGCCGGGCUGCUCAGGACGCAGGGGCUUAUCGCUGGGCAGUGGGUGGACGCCUACGACGGAAAGACCAUUGAGGUGCAAAAUCCAGCAACUGGUGAGGUCCUGGCAAACGUGUCCUGUAUGGGCAGCAGAGAAACAUCUGAUGCUAUUGCUUCUGCUCACAGUACAUUCUAUUCUUGGAGUAAACUCACUGCAAGUGAGAGGAGCAAGGCACUAAGAAAAUGGUACGAUCUAAUUAUUUCACACAAGGAAGAGCUUGCACUUCUCAUGACACUGGAGCAGGGGAAACCUAUGAAAGAAGCCCUUGGUGAGGUCAAUUAUGGUGCAAGUUUCAUAGAAUAUUUUGCAGAGGAAGCAAAGCGUAUAUAUGGUGACAUCAUUCCCCCAACUUUAUCUGAUCGCAGAUUGUUGGUUUUGAAGCAGCCUGUUGGGGUAGUUGGAGCUAUUACACCAUGGAAUUUUCCAUUAGCAAUGAUAACCCGGAAGGUUGGACCAGCUUUGGCCUGUGGCUGUACUGUUGUUGUCAAGCCAUCGGAGUUCACACCUCUGACAGCAUUAGCUGCAGCAGAUCUUGCUCUUCAAGCGGGAAUACCAGCGGGUGCAUUGAAUGUUGUGAUGGGUAAUGCUGCUGAGAUAGGUGAUGCGUUGCUGCAGAGUACACAGGUCAGAAAGAUUACAUUCACUGGAUCAACAGCUGUUGGGAAAAAACUGAUGGCUGGAUCUGCAAAUACUGUGAAAAAGGUCUCCUUGGAACUUGGUGGGAAUGCACCUUGCAUUGUUUUCGAUGAUGCGGACAUUGAUGUUGCUGUUAAAGGCAGUCUUGCUGCCAAGUUUCGUAACAGUGGACAGACAUGUGUUUGUGCAAACAGGAUAUUGGUGCAAGAAGGUAUCUACGAAAAGUUUGCAAAAGCAUUCAUCCAGGCUGUUCAGAGUUUGAAGGUUGGUAACGGUCUAGAAGAGAGUACAUCUCAGGGUCCUCUGAUUAACGAAGCUGCUGUUCAAAAGGUGGAGAAGUUCAUAAAUGACGCGACUUCAAAGGGAGCAAAUGUCAUGCUAGGUGGUAAAAGACACAGCCUGGGAAUGUCAUUUUAUGAGCCAACUGUAGUAGGGAAUGUCAGCAAUGAUAUGCUUCUUUUCAGAGAAGAAGUUUUUGGUCCAGUUGCACCCCUUAUACCGUUCAAAACUGAGGAAGAAGCAGUUCAUAUGGCCAACGAUACAAACGCAGGCUUAGCUGCAUACAUAUUUACCAAGAGCAUACCUCGUUCAUGGCGUGUAUCUGAAUCUCUUGAGUACGGCUUAGUUGGGGUAAACGAGGGAAUUAUUUCAACGGAGGUGGCGCCAUUUGGCGGAGUAAAGCAGUCUGGUCUAGGGAGAGAAGGAUCGAAGUACGGCAUUGACGAGUACUUGGAGCUCAAGUACAUCUGCAUGGGCAACUUGGGUUGAGUCCUGAAGUCGGCCUCUAGCUCGAAACACUCGGCAGAUGAUGAACGGAGAAACCAGGCGUGCUUAGAAGGGCGUGAGUUGCGUUUAGCUGCAAGAUCGGUCAUGAUGGAUUGAUGGCUGUGGGAGAGCAGUUUUAGAAUAAAUCGAAUAAGCCGCGGAGCAUUAAAUAAAAGAAGUGGAAAUGAGAUGUAAAUGGCGUGGAACUAUAAAGUAUGGCUUCACCUUCGAACCUGUAUACGGCCUGUUUGGAUUCUCUUCUACCGUCGCUUCAGCCACCAGGCUUCCCACCGAAGCCACCCCCGCAACGGUCCGAUAGAAGCGGGCUUCCGUAGAAAGCUGGGCUAGCUGGGCAUCUGUCCAGUCCUUGGCUCUCGCCACGCUAGGGUUUCUUUGGUCCCCGCUGCCUCGCAUCGCUCCUGUCUCGCCUUCUAGGCGGAGCUGGGAUUCUUCUCAAUGACGACAACGAGAUUCUAAGUUCUUCACGACGAUUCUGAUCCCUUCAAACUUCAUCGAUAGUUAGCAUUUGUUAUCCAUGAUUUGUCGUAGUGAAUUGAAGUUUUUGGAUCGAGUUCAUCGGAUUCCAGCCGAUGUACACCGAGAGAUCCCCUUUCAUACUUUCCAGCAUAGGUACUUCUCCAAAGAUCCAGUUCAAGUUGGUGUCCCCGCACAAUCGAGUUAACCAAGACGAGGUCCAUGCACACAACAGGCCAACACAUUUUCUGAAUGUCGAAGUAUAUGCUAACCUGAUUAGGAAGUUCAAGAAACGCAUUGGUCGAACCUACACUAGAGACCAAAUGAAAAAUAAGUGGGACACCCUCAAAAGCAUGUACACACAAUGGAAGACACUGAAUGAGAGGGCAACAGGCCUCGGGAGGGAUCCUCACACAGGAUCAAUAAGUGCUAUGAAUGACUGGUGGGCAAAGCAAAAUGAGGCUGUCUAAUGUUCAAGAAUCAACCACUAGAAAACGAGGGGGAUCUCCGGAUCAUGUUUGGGCCAAUUGUGUGCACUAAUAAAACUACCUUAAUUCUAGGAGGUCAACCAAGGGAUGCAGCUUCAUUUUCAGAUGAGCUUGAAGAAGAUGAUCUAGAAUUAGUGGGAGAGAACCCAACUAUGGUUACGAUAUGUUCCGCAUGCGUUGUAUCGUGUUUCGUUGACUACAUGAUUCGUUAGUUAA